AGCCACCAUCUCUACCACUUCCAUUCACUUGAAUCAUUUCCAAACUUGAACAAAGCUAACAACAAUGGAUGCUGUUAAAAUUACAGGAGAUAAGUACAGAUCUUUUUUGCAUGAUGAAGAAACUCAGAAGAACACUCAUUGGAGACAUGGUGGCCCUCCCACCUAUGAUAUUGUCAAUCAGCUCUUUGAACAAGGCCGAACCAAGGAAUGGCCAAAAGGAUCACUGGAAGAGACAGUUCAGAAUGCUAUAAAGUCCUGGGAAAUGGAAGUCUCUCACAAGACUCGCAUAAAGGACUUGAAGACCGUAAACCCUGAGAAAUUCAAGCUCAUCGUUAAUGGAAGAGAGGGAUUAUCAGCAGAAGAAGUUGUGAGGCUUGGGACCUACAAUGCAUUGUUAAAGAAUGAUCUACCGGAAGUGUUUAAGUAUUACAAAGCAGAGGAAGAGAGCUUUGAAUCGUCGCAUGAUGUUUUUUUAUCUGCUUUUCCUCGUGGGUUUGCUUGGGAGGUGAUAAGUGUUCAUUCUGGACCACCCCUGAUUGCUUUCAAGUUCAGGCAUUGGGGCUUCUUUGAGGGUCCUUACAAAGGUCAUGCUCCUACUGGUGAGAUGGUUGAGUUCUGUGGAAUGGGACUUCUCAAGGUUGAUGAAUCUCUAAAGGCAGAAUAUGUUGAACUUUACUUUGAUCCAGGGGAGUUGUUUAGUGGGCUACUCAAGGGACCCGCAACUUCUGAAUCUCAACCCGAGCAACUCGAAUCAUCUACUCGCUGCCCGUUUCAAAAAUAAAUUGACAUGUUUGUUGCAGUUUAUUUUUAUUUUUUUUUAAUAUUUUGAAAAUUUGUACUAGACUAUUUGUUGUCACUUCUCUUUACAACUGAUGUUUUAAUAAAUAAUUUAAAUAAAUACUGAAAAGAUUGAUAAUUUAAAAUAUGAUAAA